AUGGGUUCCGUUCCUGCUGAGAUUGGAGGUCGCCUGGCUGGCAAGAACGCCGUCGUCACUGGCGCUGCUGGUGGCAUUGGCUUGGAGACGACCAUUCUCUUUGCGAAGGAGGGUGCCAGCGUUGCCAUGGCCGAUAUCUCUGCCCCGGCACUGGAAAAGGCGAAGGCCAAGGUUCUGUCGCUGCUCCCGUCGGCCAGAAUUGAGACCAAGGUUACCGAUGUUUCCAAGGAGGACCAGGUCAAGGCCCUCAUCGAUUCCGUUGAUGCCUGGGGUGGACUCGACAUUAUUUUCAACAAUGCCGGAAUUAUGCACGCCAAGGACGACGAUGCUGUGAACACCCCCGAGGAGAUCUGGGAUCUGACCCAGAAUAUCAACGUCAAGGGAGUUUGGUUCGGCAGCAAGCACGCUGUUCUUGCCCUCCGCCGCAACAAGAAGACAAAGGGCUCCAUCAUCAACACCGCCUCAGUCGUCGCUCUUGUUGGUGCCGCUACUCCUCAGCUUGCCUACACCGCCUCCAAGGGUGCCGUCCUCGCUCUUACCCGUGAGCUCGCCAUGGUCCACGCCCGCGAGGGCUACCGCUUCAACUCCCUCUGCCCGGCGCCUCUCAACACUCCUCUGUUGCAGGACUGGCUCGGCGACGACGUGCCCAAGCGCAUGCGCCGCGAGAUUCACUUCCCCACCGGCCGCUUUGGCGAGGCUAUUGAGCAGGCCCAGGCUGUUCUCUUCCUCGCUAGCGACGAGUCCAGCUUCGUCAACGGCCACGACAUGGUCGUCGAUGGCGGCAUGACCAAGGCCUAUGUCACCCCCGAGGGCCCCGCGGCGCCUGCCCCCAUCAACAACGCCAGCCGCACCAGCCUCGAGUAA